AAAAGAUGUAAAAAAAAAAGAACUAAGUUUGGUUAGUGUGUGUAAUGACGAUGAAAGAUGAUGAGAAGUGAUAACUUAUUUUAAGGGCUAAGAACAACAACAAAGUUGAUUAUUAGAAGAAAGAAAUAAUUAAAAAGCAAAUUGCAAACAGCGAAAAGAGAGAUGAUGACAAAAAAUGGUUAGUAACGGCCAAAAGGUAAACAGGUUGGCUGCUCUUUGUUUCCAUUAAAAUUAGUAAAAAUUCCGAGAAUGGCAUUUUCGCAAUUCAUAGAUAUCAUCAACUUGUGUGUUUGUUGGCCGAUUAUAAUAUAAAGGAAGGGAAACUCUUCUUCUCUUUCUUCUCAUUUUCUCUCAAUUCCUCGCAGCUGAAGCUAUUUGGCAUAUACUUGUCUUCGCUUUUCGUAGCUCUUUCGCGCAUAAUAAUAACUGAGGUUGUUGUUUAAUCAAGAAGAGUGUGCAAAAAUUGGAAGGCCAGGGAAUGCAGAAACAUGUAUUUGAAAGCUGAACUCAAUUGCUCUACACCACCCUCUCAGAUCCUUUGUCCCUUUGGGCCCUUGUUCUCCCUCAUCCCUUAUGUGGACACCCAUUUUCUAAACCCCUGCUUCCACACCUUCCAGCCUUCCUCUCACAAUGCUAGAAAAAACGCCACUUGGAAGCAUGAUCUUUGCGAAGACGGUUGAUCCGACACUAACAGCCUCCUCCUGAGUUCCUCCUCUACCCUUUAUGUUGUCUGCGUUUUAGUAUAUUCUAGGGUGGUCUUUUUAUUUAGUGGUAUUAGUAGUGCUCUAAGCUAACCAGUUAGUCAAUGGAGAAGAAAGGAUCUGUGUUGAUGCUCCGUUAUGAGGUUGGGAAGUUUCUCGGUCAAGGUACCUUUGCUAAGGUAUACCAUGCUAGGCAUUUGAAAACUGGUGAUAGUGUAGCGAUUAAGGUCAUCGACAAAGAAAGAAUCCUCAAAGUUGGCAUGACCGAGCAGAUUAAGCGAGAGAUCUCUGCCAUGAGACUCUUGAGGCAUCCCAACAUCGUUGAGCUCCAUGAAGUCAUGGCCACCAAAUCUAAAAUCUACUUCGUCAUGGAACAUGUUAAGGGUGGUGAGCUCUUCAACAAAGUGUCAACUGGGAAGCUGAGAGAAGACGUUGCGAGAAAGUACUUUCAGCAGCUUGUACGCGCUGUUGACUUCUGUCACAGCCGUGGAGUAUGCCACAGGGACCUGAAGCCGGAGAAUCUCUUGUUGGAUGAGCAUGGGAAUCUUAAGAUCUCUGAUUUUGGUCUCAGCGCUCUUUCUGACUCUAGAAGGCAAGACGGGUUGCUGCAUACUACAUGCGGGACCCCUGCAUAUGUUGCACCGGAGGUGAUAAGCAGGAACGGGUAUGAUGGGUUUAAAGCGGAUGUGUGGUCCUGUGGAGUGAUAUUGUUCGUCUUGCUCGCUGGAUAUCUUCCUUUCCGUGAUUCCAAUCUGAUGGAGCUGUAUAAGAAGAUAGGCAAAGCUGAAGUCAAGUUCCCCAACUGGCUUGCUCCGGGGGCAAAGAGAUUGCUCAAGAGGAUCUUGGAUCCUAACCCCAACACAAGGGUAUCAACUGAGAAAAUAAUGAAGAGCUCUUGGUUCCGUAAAGGCCUACAAGAGGAGGUGAAAGAAUCAGUUGAGGAAGAGACAGAAGUGGACGCAGAGGCAGAGGGAAACGCAAGUGCAGAGAAGGAAAAGAAGCGGUGUAUCAACCUGAACGCGUUUGAGAUCAUAUCUCUGUCCACGGGGUUUGAUCUCUCGGGACUGUUCGAGAAGGGAGAGGAGAAGGAGGAGAUGAGGUUUACAUCAAACAGAGAGGCAUCUGAGAUAACAGAGAAGCUGGUGGAGAUUGGGAAGGACCUUAAGAUGAAAGUGAGGAAGAAGGAACACGAAUGGAGGGUGAAAAUGUCGGCUGAGGCUACAGUGGUGGAAGCGGAAGUGUUUGAGAUUGCGCCGAGCUAUCACAUGGUGGUGCUAAAGAAGAGCGGUGGAGAUACUGCUGAGUAUAAGAGAGUCAUGAAGGAGAGUAUAAGACCGGCUUUGAUCGACUUUGUAUUAGCUUGGCACUGAAACAUAUUCUAUCCUUUUUAUGUGUCUUCUUCUUUUAGAAUGUUUUUCUUGUUUUGUUUUGCCAAUGUGUUUAGUUUAUGUAUUUUCUCUUGAGUCUCAUCUUAAGACGUGUUUCGUAUUUUUCUAGGUGUCAGUGUAACAAUAAUAAUAUGUGAGGACCAAUUAUAUAGUUUGAGACAAAAUAAGUAGAUUUCUUUAUCAGAUAAAAUAAAAUAAAUUGAGCCUUAAUGAAAUAAGCCAAUAGACCGACAACGGUUUUAGGAAGCAUUAUACUACUAUUUUGUAGUUAUUUCGUAUUAUUGUAGUCUUUUGGAUGAUCUUUUUGUGUAUUAACAAAGUCAAAACAAAUUUAUAAUUUAACUUACGUUACAG